CACGAAUCGGCGCCACGACCACGUGACUGCAAGGCUGGCUGACAAAGGAGACUUAUCCGCCUAAGCCGAAUCGGGACACUGCCCGAGAGGAUGACGGCGAACUUGCGACUGCUCGAAACUUUCGCACACGACCAUCAUCUUGCAUCGCACACGAACAUCCCGAACCAUCCGCACACACCUUCCUACCGCGAUACCCCUCCUCCGACAACUCAGACGAUGCGAAUGCGGUAGCGCAGGCGGCCGGCGAAGAUGGUCAAAUUCUACAGCACCGACUACUCCUACGACUACCCCUUCUCCGCCGUCACACUCGCAUACUUCCUACGAUACCCCAAUCCCUACUCGCGCCAUGUCGCCUCCACAGACACCAUCUCACGAAGUUUCAACCCGGAGACGCAGCGCCUGACGACUGUACGACUACACCUCAAGCGGAGCCGGUUGCCACCCGCCGUGGUCAAGCUUCUGCCAAAGAGUGCAGUAGGCACGACGAACCCGGAUGGCAGCACGCAGAGCUUCAUCCUUGAAAGGAGCGUGGUGGAUGUGAAAGAAGGAUGGAUGGAGACGGAGAGCCGGAAUCUCGACUGGAACAAUGUGCUGAGCGUCAUCGAGCGACAGACUUAUCGAAGACCUCCCGCGAGUGGCGACAAGGAAAGCACGGAUGUUACCGUCAGCGUGAGACUCAAAUCUCGCAUAGGAGAGCAGAUUCGCAAGAGGCGGCAGCGGUGGGGUGAGCAGGCAUCCGCCGCAUCUGUGACGGGAGGCGAGGCAGAAGAAGGCGCAGCGAAACAGGGAUGGUUCAGCACUUGGUCUACGGGGGCCAUCAGAUCAGCCAUCGAAGCCAUCAGUCUGCAAAGAACCGAGAAGAGUCAGCCAAAGGCACAGCUCGGAAUGUCUGUUGUGCUUGCGCGGUUGCGAAACGGAGGGUUGGAGGCGGUUCUGGCGGGGAUGGAGCAAGAUCGGGAGGUGAAGCUGUAAGAUGUUAUGGACGAAAGGCCUGGUUCAAUCUCUACUUAAGCGAGGAGUUGGAGAUGUUUUUGUACGCGUGAAUGGAGAUCCUUUUAGUCUGUUCUUUGUCAUUACUAGGUACCUGUGAAACGUCAGCUGGUAUGUCCAAGAAGUCUCGUCAGUCCGUGUCUUCGAUCACACUACAUUCUCAUCAGGAUUUGCCUAUUGGAUGGUCUCGUCAU